UCCUUUUCUUUGACUACUGGGUUUCAGAACAGGGUGGCCACACAGACUGAACACCGUGCGGCCAUUCCUCUGCCCCCACGCUACGGUGUACAAGACUGAAGCAUGCAGCUGGGUUAAACUUGUCAGCAGAACCCAUAGCCCUGAAUGCCUCGGACUUAAGACGAAGCACUCCGAACAACAAACACCUCCCCCCUCCAAAACUCCCUGCAGGAUGCAUGGGCAGGGCCGAGCACGAGGGGCGGGGCGAUUACAGUUGCGCCACGCAUUUGGGCGGUGCCUGGGGGGCGGGGCGAUUCGAAUGACGUCAUCGUUGUGCGCUGCAGCUGGGCUGGAGGGCGGCGUGGGCUGAGCGGGGAGCGUGGCAGAAUGAGAGAAGUGAAGGAACUACAACUGGUUUCUAUAUUGUAAUUUGAUCAAAAUGUUUUUGUUACUAGAAGGUUGAAUAUUCUUGCUUCUUACGGAGACAUCUUAAAUAACAAAUGGCUAAGGUUCUGUAAAACUUGACCACCAGACAGAAACAUGGAGAUGCAGCUAGACCCCAUGAAGGAUGACUUGCCCUUAAUGGCCAACACUAGCCACAUGCUUGUAAAACACUAUGUAUUGGACUUGGAUGUGGAUUUUAAAAGUCAAGUUAUUGAAGGAACCAUAGUUUUAUUUCUGGAGACAGGGAGCAGACACAGGAAAGCCAGCAGUACUGGUAAAGAAGGCUGCCAGUCACACUUAAAUGAAACGUGUAACAUUGGGGCAUCAGAACCCUACCGCAUUCCUGUGUCAAAUGCAAGUGUCUUUUCAUCUGAAGUGGAAUAUAAUGAUUUUGCAGUCUGUGGUAAAGGUGAAAAAGAUACUUCUGAUAAAAAUGGUAGCCAUAGCAACGAGGAACAAGCUUCUGGGAUUUCUAGUUCAAAGAACUGCUGUGACACAAAGAGUCAUGGGAACAAGGAUUUUUUGCUGGUAUUGGACUGCUGUGAUUUAUCUGUGCUGAAGGUUGAAGAGGUAGAUGUUGCUGCUGUGUCAGGCAUUGAGAAAUUCACCAUGUCUGCUGAACCAAUUGAUGUUUCAAAGGAGCUGGAAAAUCUCAGGAAUCAGAUUGUACACAAACUUGUGACUUUACCUUCAGAUCGCUGGCAGGAACAGCUAUACCAUUACACUCGCUGCAGCCAGGCACCUGGCUCUGGACAGCUUCUGUUUACUACUGGCAGCUGGAGCUUGGAGAUAAGGAAACAAGGAGUUCAGACACCAACAGGCUUUCCUCAUGCUAUAAGAAUAUGGUACAAAACCAAACCUGAGGGGAGAUCUGUUACAUGGACUACAGACCAGAGUGGCAGGCCAUGUGUUUAUACGAUGGGAUCACCGAUAAACAACAGAGCCCUUUUCCCAUGCCAAGAACCACCCAUUGCCUUGUCAACAUGGCAAGCAUCAGUCCGAACAUCUCCAGGCUUUGUUGUACUGAUGAGUGGUGAAAACUCAGCGGAACCAAUCCAGAUUCAAGAAGGUAUCAUGAGCUGGUACUACUAUGUAACUAUGCCAAUGCCAGCAUCCACCUUCACUAUUGCUGUGGGGUGCUGGCAGGAGGUUAAACAGCAAUGCUUCACAGCUGCUAUCCAGACGGAAAAUGAGUUUUGCAUGCCAUUUUCACGAGCUGAUUUCAGACGGCAGAAAGAAAGCUGUGGUCAUGUGGAAUAUCCCUGCCGUUUCCAAAAUCCUGCUGCCAUGUUGCAGAGCGUCAUUCCUUACAGAGUCUUUGCUCCCUUAUGCCUUAUGGAAUGCUGUGAAGAACGUUUACUUCAGCUUAUUCCUCAGUGCCUCUCAGCUGCUUACUUCACGCUGGGCACCCAUCCCUUUUCCAGACUUGAUGUUUUGAUAGUUCCUUCAAACUUUUCCAGCCUGGGAAUGGCUAGCCCACACAUCAUCUUCUUGUCACAGAGUGUAUUGCCUGGAGGGAGCCAUCUCUGUGGAACACGUCUAUGCCAUGAAAUUGCUCAUGCUUGGUUUGGACUGGCCAUUGGUGCUCGUGAUUGGACUGAAGAAUGGAUAAGUGAAGGGUUUGCCACUUUUUUAGAAGAUGUAUUUUGGGCUAGGGCUCAACAGCAGCUGUCGCAUGAUGAAAGAAAAGAGCAGCAGAAAUUGAAAGCUUUACUUCGCUGGCGACGACUGAGAGAUGAGGUUCAGAACUCUGAAGAAGAGCUGCAAGUUUUAAGGCCUCACAAGGAGAGCACAGGAGAAGUGGGUGAAUCUGGAGUAUCCAUUGUCAAACAUGGUCUUAAAGCAGAAAAAAUCUUCAUGCAGGUUCAUUAUUUGAAGGGUUAUUUCCUUUUGCGAUCUUUGGAAAAUACGUUAGGGGAGGCUUCAUACCUUGCAUCUUUACGAAAAUUUGUCCGUAAAUUCCAUGGACAACUUGUUCUUUCUCAGGAUUUUCUUUCCAUGCUCGUGGAAGACAUAACUGAACAAAAAGAGCUACUUACCAUGAAUGUGUUGAUUUUGAUGAAGACGAACAGUUGGAAGGCAUCCAACCUUUUUCCCCAGUAUUUGUGAUUCCACUUAAAAUAAAAUAAAAUAAAAUAAAAUAGUUUAAAGAAAGGAAAAAGAAAUCUAGUCUGUAUUGCUUCUGUAAGAAGCAAUUAGGUUCUUGACAGUCGCUGAUCUGUCACUACUCUUUGCUUUAACAUAUAGCUGGAAUGUCUUACUUUGAAAAUCAUUUAUGUGAACAAAUGCACAUAUUCAGAUGAAGUAAGUAUACUUAUUGAAGUAUUUUCAGCUGGAUAUGUUGACUUUUUGCCUUCCUUUACCUCCCUCUCUUCCUGCAAAAAAGUUAUGUUCUUUCAUGUUCUCUGUUUAUUUGAACGAAUUUUUUUUUCUAAAUGUGGAUUCUCUUCCUUGAUUGAGGAAUUAAGUGGGUUUAUGUUUAAAGUUUCCAAAGUGCCUUGGGGCCCAGUGCAAUGAAAGCUUGCUAUGUAGACAGUUUUUAUAACAUUAACUUUGAAAUUAUCAUUAGUGCUAGUAUUUUAGAGAGCUUGUUCUGAAGCAUUGCAUCUGGCCAUAUACUGCAUGUAUACUUGUUAGAUCAUUCAUCAUCUGAUCAGCUUAGUCUAAACAAUUGACAAGGGAUAAGAUAAUGGAGGCACUAGUGUUCUUACAGCAGGGAACAGUGGUACAAAGCAAUUAAAGACAUUGCCAUACUAUGUUAUAAGCUCAGAUUCCCAUAGCCCAGUAGACCACCUAAAGCAAAAGGCAAUUCAGAAAAUCAGACUCGCAGAUUUAAGUCCCUACAGAUGCUGAAAUGCAACAUAAGCAGGCGGUAAGUGCCCUUUCUGAAUAUGAGUGCUUUACUGGAUUGCAGCCUCUAGAAACACUUGGCUCUGAGUCCUUUCUGUAGGUUUUGAAAUAGUGAUUUGUUUAUGAUGUAGAGGAAAGUGUCCCUGGCCCAUGGCGGGGGAUUGGAACUGGAUAUUCUUAGAGGUCCCUUCCAAUCUAAGCUGUUCUAUGAGUCUAUGAUAUAUCAUUUGGGUUUGGUUGGAAGUUGGUAGAAGCCUUUCCAAGGACUUUUUAGUUAAGUUUUGACUCUCAACUCAUUCAGAGCAGAUCGUUGCAAUAGCCUCCAUAAUACCAACACAUUUGAAGAAAAAUAAAAAAGUGAUAUGCUAGAACAAGUAGAUGUUUUUGAUAAAUGCUAUCAAGAAUAUCCAAAGUUGGUGUAGUGCUUUCACCCCAAUGGAUUUCACUCCCACUCCUCAAAGGCAGAGGGGAAAAAUAUGAUAGGAAAGAUUCUAUGGGUUGAGAUAAGGACAAGAAGACUGCUAACCAAUUACCAUCAUGGGCAGAACAGAUUCAAAAUAGGAAGACUUAUAUAACUGCCUAUUUAUAACAGACCAGAGCAGUAUGAACUAAAAGCAAGCUAAAAACUUGCCCCCAUUAACUGUCUUUUACCUCCUCUCUCCGAGUAUUGCAGGGGAACACAGAAUGGAGACUGCAGUCAGUCCAUAACACUUUUUCUCUCCUGCUCCUUCAUGGUCCCUCUGCCCCUACUCCACAUGGAUCCCUCCCACAAGGUGUUGUCUUUUCCAAACUGAUACUACAUGGAUUUCUCUCGGGUGACAGCUCUCCCAGCACUGAUCCAACACAGCUCUAUACCAUGGGUCCCACACUCCAGGCACUGCUCCACCACUGUCCCCAUGGGCAGCAGCUCUGCCAGCCCUCCUACCCCACUGUGGGUUGCUCUCCAGGGCUGCAGCUCCAGCCUGGGGCUGCUCCUGUGGGGGUUCUCCAUGGGCUGUAACUCAUUCAGGUCUUAUCCACUACUUCACCUUGGACUCCUCCAUGGCUCACUGUGGAGGUCUGCUAUGCGUGGUGCCCAUGGGCUGCAGGGGGACAGCCUGCUCCUUCAUAGACCUCUCCUGGGCUGAAGGAAGUUUUUGCUCUGUGCCUGGAGCUCCUCCUGCCCUCCUUCUGCACUGAUCUCAGGGGCUGUGGAAUUGUUUCUUACAUUUUUUCACUCUUUGUUCCCAGCUGCUGUGGCAGAUCUUUCCUUUCUUAAGUAUACUGUCCGUCACCAGUAUCCCUCACAGGCUCAGAAAAAACACCAACAGGGGGUGUAAUCACUUCACCUAGAUUAUUUUUUUUUCUGAGGAAAUCUUGCAUUUUAAGUUUUGCCUAGGCUGUUAAAAAGAGGUGGAGAAACUGGCACUGUGAAGCUGUGUUUCUCAUCCCUAGGUAAAACAAAUUAAAUGUGUAAGUAAAAGCAUUUUUCCCUAGCUGCUAGCUCUUGUACAGAUUUGGAACAUAAAGCUGCAUUGAUUUUGUUGCAUGAAAGAAAAAGUAAAAAAAUCUGAGUAUGCUGCUUGAGACAGAAUAAGUUAAAUGAUCCACCUGAUCUACUGACUAUACAAAAUGUUGGUGUCUCAUUUUAAGCUUGUCCUGUGUAUGCUUUCUGCAGUAACCAGGCAGUAAGAAGCACUCAAGAAAAAAAGUGUCUUAUCCCAAGAAAAAUGUAUUGACUGGCUUUUGGACUUAGCUUUUUUUCCUCCCCAUUCCCUUUUGAAAGAACUCAACUAACUAGCUUAGAUUAGACACCAACUUUUAGAAUACCGCAUGGAGGUAAAUGUAAUAAUAGCCUGAAGGAUCUGGCAUUUAAAUGUUCUAAAUUUGCAUGAAAAACAAGGUACUAUUAAAAGCAAACCAAAUCUAGAUGUAAUUCACUUGAAUGUAGAACACCACCCCAUUACAAGCAUGACAUCUCUGUUCACUUAUCUGUGUAAAAUCAAUUUCCAUAGUGAUCAGACAUAUAGAAUGGUAAUUUCCUGAAAAUUUGUAAUCCUCUUUGAUGUAAAAAUGCUGCUUCUUGAAUGCUGUGAUUAUUUGAAUCACAUCAUAUGAGAGAUUUUAUAAUUUUUAUUUUUUUAGACUGUGGCCGACUACUAUUUCCUAAUGUUAGAGGGUAUAUUUUUGACUUUUCAGAUUUAUUAAUUAGGGUGAUUUCUUUUUCUCUUUGGGAAUUAUUCUUCCUUGUGGAACACUUUAAGUCACCUCAGCUAGACUUAUAAUGUCAUCUCUCACUUGUAAAGGGCCUGAAAGAAAAUAGGCUAGUUAUGUUUCCAAAUUAAGCCUCCUUGGCCAGCAACAUAAUAUAUGACUAAUCAAAAACUAAAGAAAACUGUCAAAAGAAUAGAGACUGAAAACAAGUAUAGAUGGCAUUUUGUCGUUGUGAACAAAAUGACCUUUUUCUUUUUAAUUUGCAGCUUCUUACAGUAUUUGGUAUGAUGCUGUAUCCUGUGUAUGCAAGCGUAUCUUAGUAGCUGAAAGACACUGAGCAGCACUUGUAAGCACAGGCUUUUUAAUGUUUAAGGUGCCUGGUGAUUCAUUUUUGCCUUUGUUACACAAUUCCUGUGUAUUUUGGACAAGCUUAUUAUAAUCAGAUUGCUUAUUUUUUUGCAGGUACAGUUGAACAAUUACUCAAUGAGUAGCCAGCUGACUCUCUGUUUUAAUCAGAUACUCCUGCCUCUAAUUCAAAUUGGCAGAAUUUUAUUCUAUUAAGUAGACCUGCUUUUAAUGAUACUUCCUUCAGAAUAUUGCUGAGUGGGAGUAGAGAUGGUAGGUCUAACAACAUGAUGGUGUGGAAUAGAGAUUGUAACUACUAGUUCUACCUCAAAGGAAUGUAACAUGUAGUUCUGUUGAGAGAUGGUGGGGAAAUUUUUAUUCUUGAAUUCAAGAAAGCUAAGAAUAUCUAAGUCCAGGUGUAAUCCAUGUCUGGAAAAGUGCUGCCGCUAACCAUUUCAAUAUCAAUAAUUUAAGUCUAUGGUCAGUCCAAAUUAAACUAGACAAGAUUAAAAAUAAUAAUAAUAAUAAAAAUUACUAUGAGCAGUAAACACACAAAUUUUUAUUCUAUGAUUUUGCUGAGUGUUUCAUCCAUUAACAUAUUGGCUGACUGCUUUCAAGACUUCAUAAGCUCUCUGAGCAUUAAUUUUCUGAGUUGCAUGUCGGGCAUAACUGUAAUUGAUCUGUCUCCCAGUGGCAUAGUGAAAGUUAUUAUUUAAAGGUGGUCUAAAAUCAUUCAGUAAAAAUGAUUGAUGGAGUCAUUACAAAUCCUUCAUAGUCACAGAUACAGUCCAUAAAUAAACUUCCUAUAGGGUCAGAAUUUUUAGCAGAGCUUUGUCAGAGUUGGGGAAAAUAAAAACCAACAGGAUUCUUUGUCAUGUAGUUAAAUUAAAACCAGUGUUGAGCAGCUUGCCUUCCUGCUUUAGAACUUCAAAAUGGAGGUUCUUUUCCUGGGCACUUUGUUGAGUAUGGGUCUUCACUUGAAGGUAGCUGCAGGUACUAGAAUGAGUCUUGCCAAGGUAUUUCCAUGCACAGGACUGUGCAUGUCUGUUCAUCUCAGAAUUCAUAGACAGCUUAUUCAAGUAUUAUUUUUCAGUGUUGGCAUACUGCAUGAACAGUGCAAUAUUUUUUAAGUAAUUCACUUCGCUGUAAGUUGUGAAGUUUUCAGCCUAGGUUGAAGUAAAUUCAGCAGAAGCUACUUGCAAAAGCAAAAGUGGAAAUAUUAUUUCUGAAUGUGCAAAUAAUUCUGCCUGUGGUUAUUUUAGUCCCACACAGCUUUGUCAUAACAAACUACUUCUUUUUGUAUUGGCUGAAGCUCCAGACUAUUGUAGACUUCACUAUGAAUUUAUCAGCAUAUAAAGAAAAUAUAGAAGAGAUGAAAUUUAAACUAAAAUAUAUAACUACUCAGUAACUCUGAGCAUUAAGAUCCAUUGAUGCCUUUAAAAUCCAUAAGUUUAAAGAAGUUGUUCUUUUAUUUAAUCUUCUUUGGUACUUUACAUUUACAUACAGGCUGCUUCUGUAACAACUGAUUUUGAAUAUCUCCAGCUAAACUUACUUGUCCUAUGUUUUUGGAUUUGUUUUUUUUUCAGUAGAAGACACAAAAAUUAGAGAACCUGUUCAUAAUUUAUGUUUCAUAGCUGCAGUUUACCACCUUACAUUUUCUCUGUCUGUAGUCAUUUAUCCUUUGUUUAAACACAAAAAAAAUCUGAUCUGUCUUUAACUUGUCAUAUCACCUCUGCUGGUGUUAUUCAUUAAAAAAUCCAUAAUGUACUACUACUGCAUUACAUCCAGUAUUUGGAAUUCAGAGUCUUGCUUAACUACUACAUUGGUAAAUUUCACAUGAAAAGCUGCUGGUUUUGUGUGUAUUCUCUAACUUCCUU